AUGGAAGUGGUGAAGGUUGAGGCUGGUACUUGGGCCCAGCGGAUGCGAGUCAGGUUGGGUGACCACCUACUCUCGAUUGACUCCGCGGCUGUGGCGUCCUUCACUGAAGAGGGGCUGCUGGAGGCCAUCCGCGGACGAACACGACCUGCGCGUCUUCGAUUUCGCCGCUUAGGACAAGAUGGCUUGGACGAGGACCAGCGUCGUUUGGAGGUCAUCGCAACGGAGGGUGACGUGGACUUGGGCCUCCAGACUACUGGCGAGCCGCCUGGAGAGGUCUUCGUGUCCAAGGUGCUUCCGGGCAGUUGGGCAGCCCAGCGAGGGCUGCAGGAGAGGGACGAGCUCGUUGCCGUUGCGGGGCAUCCAGUCAGCAGCCUGAAAGGGGAGGCAUUCGCCAAGCAGCUGAAGUCUGUCCGGCCCCUGCGCUUGCGCUUCCACCUGGCACCCGGUGGCCCUCAGCCACCGCGGACCAAGUCGAAGCCAGAGCCGAAGAUCAAGGCCGAGCCCGAAGUAAAAGAAGCGCCCGAGGCCCAGCCGAAGGCCAAGGCUAAAGGGCGUCUCGGUCGAGCGAAGUUGGCACAAAUGCUCGUUGGGGACCUCAUGCAGGGGCGCGGGCAAGAGGAGGAGCUGGGAGAUGUUUCGCCGGAGCGUUCGGUCCAGGCGCCCUCCUCGCCAGUGACGCCGGCGCAGUCGUCAGCUCGGCCCCCGUCGCCGCCGAAGCCGAGCGCUCCGGUGGCGAAGCGCUCGCCUCCGCCCCCGGCGCCACCGAAGGCCAAGGCCGGAGCCUCUGUCCGCCCCUCCGAGCGUGAAGCACCGCGGGCGGGGCUUCGAACACAGGCUGCCGAGGAGUCGACCGACGACGAUGCAAUGCUCGAUGCCCACGCCGGGAAGCAGGACAAGAUUCUGGGCUUUGAGAUUGCUCAGCGUGGAUCCCAGUCUGCUUUCAUGGUCAGUGCGGUGUCGCCGGGAAGCUGGGCGACACGUCACCGAAUCCGCGUGGGCAACGAGCUAGUUUCCAUCGGAGACAAAUCGGCCAAGAAGCUGACUUUGGAGGAGGUCAAGACGAUGCUCUCCCCAGAUGGCGUCCGGCCGCUGAUCCUGUGGUUCCGUGCUGACAUGGGCGGUUGA